UGUCUUUGAAUCUUCCCCACUCAUCUUAUUACGGACAUGAGAAAAGAUCGAAGCAGCGCUGAAUGGUUCGGUUAUAAUGCUAGUCGCAUUGUCGCAUCAGGCGUUUGGCAGCGUGUAUAACAAGACGCUAGUUUUGACUGCUAUUGUCAUAAUUGUCCCAUUUCUGUGUUGUAAGGUCAACUUGCCUCUUACCAAAGUACUUCGCUAUAAUCCGUUCUUGAGAACUGAGAACAUUCAGUAUGUCUUUGAAAACCCUUCUUCCCAUCCUGGUGGCUGUUCUGUUGCAGUACUUUGCAGGCCUACAGAAGCCAUUGUAUAUGGUAGCAUGACGUGCCAUAACCGUAGCGAUGUCAAUCAGAUCUUGCAUCAGGAGGACUACACCAAUGGCUUCUUCGCUUUCUUCCAGUUCGGACGCGACACAGCCAGCAACGAGUAUUACCCGAACAUGGAGUGUAACUUGGAUUACAGCGCCAUUGGUGGUCGUCCGGUGAGCGUCAUCUUCCAUCCAUGUACCCUGCCUAUUGGAAAUACAUGCAGUCAGGAUUCAUUGACGGUCAGCACUGCUGCAUCCAAUCCACACACUGUGGUCUGCUCCGACGAUCCAGCUGCUGAACCAGGCGUGAUCGAUACUGGUGAUUCCACCAUGUCCAUUAAAUUCCUCACUGACGCGAGUAGGCAGACAGUUGGCUGUACAGGAUUUCUGUGGGGCGUCCCUCCGUCCUAAACUAGAGAGGCUCAAAAGGCAUCGUGCAAACCCGCCACUACACGGAGCACUAAGGCAUCCUGGUACAAUCAUCAUGCAAAGCUGAAUCAUGUUGUUUGCAUUUGUGCAGAAGCAUCACAUUGACACAUUUAGAACCACAUAAUUCUUUCCAACCAAUCUGUGUACCUUUCAUUCCAGCCUGCGCCCUGCCUCCUCUUUCUAUCCCAUGGAUAUUUACACUGUACAUGUAUGGGCACAGAGAAUACCAAUAGCAUGCAGUGUGCAUUACAUGAACCUGGACAACCUGUUCUUUCUUAUAGUAGUAAGCACGCGUGCCCCUGGAAUGCUCCUAAAUGAUUGCCAUUGUGCCUUUCAAAUUCUUAUAUGCAGAUAUAUAUUUUGAUAGUGUACACUGUAUAUCCGCCAAGGCACGUUUGAAGGUAAUUCAUUUACAGUAUUUUGUUUUUGCAUCCCAGUGAAAACUAUACUUUUGCAAUCCAUAUUUUCCUCCUUUCGCAAUUCAAACAAUAAUUAUUAUACAUGAUGUUUUAAUCUGAUUCCGUUCAGCAAUCCCUGCAACGUAAUCCAGCCAAGCACCAAUCUGUUGAAAAGUUUGUAUGUCGUA